CCUUGCGGGCCUUGCCAGUGUAUCUUCUCUGCUACGUCGCCUUCCUCAACUCCUCCAACAUCGAAGAUCCGAGGAGUUUGGGAAACCCUAAACCCACAACCUACUCAUUUUCUCAGUUCUUACUCUCAUCUGUCAAAGUUUGCAGUCAUGGCUGGAGUGGCACCAGAGGGAUCACAAUUUGAUGGUCGUCAGUUUGAUGCUAAGAUGAAUGAGUUGCUUGGAUCUGAUGGUCAGGAAUUCUUUACUAGUUAUGAUGAAGUUUAUGAAAGCUUUGAUGCUAUGGGAUUGCAGGAGAACCUUCUUAGGGGUAUUUACGCAUAUGGUUUUGAGAAGCCGUCGGCAAUCCAGCAAAGGGGAAUUGUACCUUUCUGCAAGGGUCUUGAUGUAAUUCAGCAAGCCCAGUCUGGGACUGGGAAAACUGCGACUUUCUGCUCUGGAAUAUUGCAGCAGCUUGAUUAUAGCGUAGUUGAAUGUCAGGCUCUGGUACUUGCUCCCACUCGUGAGCUUGCUCAACAAAUUGAGAAGGUCAUGCGAGCACUAGGUGAUUAUCUUGGAGUUAAGGUCCAUGCUUGUGUGGGUGGGACCAGUGUUCGUGAAGAUCAACGCAUCCUCUCAAGUGGAGUCCAUGUUGUUGUUGGUACUCCUGGUCGUGUAUUUGACAUGCUGCGGAGACAAUCUUUACGCCCUGAUUAUAUUAAGAUGUUUGUGUUGGAUGAGGCAGAUGAGAUGCUUUCUCGUGGUUUCAAGGAUCAGAUCUAUGAUAUUUUUCAGCUGCUGCCACCAAAAAUUCAGGUUGGUGUUUUCUCUGCCACUAUGCCACCCGAGGCCUUGGAGAUCACAAGGAAGUUCAUGAACAAACCUGUGAGGAUUCUGGUAAAACGUGAUGAGCUUACACUAGAGGGGAUCAAGCAAUUUUAUGUCAAUGUUGAUAGGGAGGAAUGGAAGCUUGAGACUCUUUGUGAUCUUUAUGAGACCUUGGCAAUCACCCAAAGUGUUAUCUUUGUGAACACUAGACGCAAAGUAGACUGGUUGACGGACAAGAUGCGAGGCCGAGAUCACACGGUUUCAGCCACCCAUGGAGAUAUGGACCAGAACACGAGGGAUAUCAUUAUGCGUGAAUUCCGUUCUGGUUCUUCCCGUGUGCUAAUAACCACCGACCUUCUGGCCCGUGGUAUUGAUGUCCAGCAAGUAUCACUUGUGAUUAAUUAUGAUCUGCCAACUCAACCAGAGAACUAUCUCCAUCGAAUUGGUCGUAGUGGUCGGUUUGGAAGGAAAGGUGUUGCUAUCAAUUUUGUGACAAGGGAUGAUGAAAGGAUGCUGUUUGACAUCCAGAGGUUUUAUAACGUGGUCAUAGAGGAGCUCCCAGCCAAUGUUGCUGAUCUUCUUUGAUGUGGUUUCAGCAUCAUCACUAAAUGUCUUUAUUAUUGAGGGGGCAAAUUUAAUUUAAUUUCAUGGUCGCUGGCCCCUUUUUUAGUAUGAAUUGAAGGAUACCGUGAAUCUGGAAGAUCAGUGUAUUGUGCAUCUUGAGGUUGGCCUUUUUGUGUAAUGUUGAGUCUAGCAGGAAGUGUUGCAAAUUUUGCUGAGUCUGCUUGUAUUUCUAGUGUCUUGAGAAAGAUUGCAUAAUGUUGUUAGAUUUUUAUCUAAAAUCCUCCUCCUUUUUCAGAUUUUGUUAUAAUGUCUAAAGCUUGAAACUUGGCGUUGUGGUC